AUGGCACAGCCCACGCUCUGCCCAAUGGGAGACUCGCCGUCCCUGUGGCGACAGGGCUUUGAGGAUAGCAGCGGAAUUUGGGUGUCUCGCGCCCUGACCUCGGGGCUGGAAGACGAGCCGGUGCAGCAGUACCGUCAUCGGUACUACACGCCUCCCCCGCCAUGCCCCCCUACGGUGGUUGUCCCCUUGAGAACCAACUUCUACGAGCCAUGGGGGUUCUCUACGCCCCCAGUGGAGCCGGGGGCCCGCAGUACCGACAAGGGGCCGCAGCAGUACAAAACUGUGUUCGAUCGGCUGACGGAUUCAGCCUUCUACACGGGCGCUCACAGAGAGCGAUUCGAUGAACUAGGGAAUGGGAGGGGUCUUGCUGGUCGCGAGUACCUUUACACGCACGACGGCAUGACAGAGAGUCCCUCAAGAACUCACGAAGUUUACUCAUCAGUUGUUAGACGACCUCGCAAGGCCCUGGUAGCUCCCGGGACUUUGGGGGUCCAGCGAUUUGGCCUGCAGACCUCGCCGCCCCGUCUCCUGUGGCUCUUCCGAAAUGGUGAUAAGCAUCAUGAUGGGACCCCCUUUUUCGUUAAGGCGCACAUCAAAACUCUCGAGGCGCUAUAUCAAGAGCUCACCAAGGUAGUGACUCCGAUUGCGGGGCCUGUGCGUCGCUUGUACGACCAAAAUCUCCGCAUUAUUGGGGACCUUGCAGAUUUAGUGGAUGGCGCGAAGUAUCUUUGCACCUCAGGCGAGCCCCCAGCCUGCGCUGAGCGCCUUCAAAAGUUCUUAAGUGAGUGGGUAAUUCAAAAACCACAAACCAAGGUUUGGAGCGAAUUUUUUGUUGUCUAG